AUGGGCGACACCAUUAGGACUUUUGCAGACAACUCACUACCUAGCAUUGCCCCAGGUCAAGCCAAUGAAUUGGACAAUCACAUGAUCAUGGAUGAUGGCUUAAAGACCAAUGGUAAAGGUGAGUCUAGUGGUAUUAGUUCUUUCGAUACUAAUGAAAAAUCCCCACCCUCCAUUUUGCAGACACCCGUCAAGGAACUGAAGCCAUUGGCCGUCCAUGUCAAGUAUGUAUUCCUGGGAGAGGAAAACACACUUCCAGUGAUUAUUUCGAGUAAGCUUAACAAAACUCAAGAAGACGAGCUCGUGAAAGUUCUCCAGUCACACAAGCAAGCGUUGGGGUGGAUUAUCUCGGACAUAAAGAGAAUAAACCCCUCGAUUUGCACGCAUCUCAUUUUACUGGAGACGGGAGCUGAAGCUAUUCGUCAACCCCAAAGCUGCUUGAAUCCAGUGGUGUUGGAUGUCGUGAAAGCUGAGACUUUUGCUUGA